AUGAUUUGCGUGGAGACUCAAUUUUUUAAUCUCAAUAGAAUUCUUCUAUUCGCAGUUGGCUUAUGGCCCUAUCAGCGAACGAAACUCACUCGGUUUCAGGUGAUUUUAUUCGUCAGCAUUUUGACAAGCUUUAUUAUAUUCCAGUUCACAGCGCUUAUAACUACAGAAUGCACACUUGAGUUUAUCAUCAAAGUUUUUUCUACCGCAAUGUUUUUUAGUCGUUACGUGAUUAUAUACAACUCUUUUUGGGUAAAUGCUCAUAGUGUAAAAUAUUUACUGGAACAACUUCAAGAUAUUUGUGACCAAUUAAAAGACAAAAAUGAAAUUGCUAUUAUUGGAAAAUAUGGAAAUAUCGCAAAAUAUUUUACAACCAUAGCAAUUGCUGGCUGUGGUGCAUUUAUUGCCAUUUUAUUGUCAAUAUGGUCACACAUUUUUCAUACUGAUUUUCAUAUAAACGAGUCACGACAAACAGUGCAAAUCGUGACUGAGUAUUUUGUCGAUCAAGAAAAAUAUUUUUAUUUAAUUUUACUGCAUAAAAACGCAGUUAUUUGUAUUGGGAUGACUACGUUGACCGGAACGGGAACGACGCUUUUAGCAUAUGUCACAUACGCAUGUGGAAUGUUUAAAAUUGCAAGUUAUCGCAUGGAAAAUGCUAUGACCACUAAAGUACUCCAAAAUAUUAAUCUGAUAAAUCAGAUUAUGAUUCAUAAAAAAAUAAUUGAUGCUGUCGAAAUCCAUUGCAAGGCUAUAAAGUUUUGUGAAUUUUUAACGUCUACUUUUGAAGGCUCCUUUUUUCCAUUACUAAUAAUUGAUGUGAUUUCUUUGAGCCUGAAUUUUUAUGGAAUUUUUCGAAAUGCAUCGCUUGGAGAUAAUGAAGCAAUUUUAUUACACUUGUUAUUUGCAUUUAUCAUCCUCGUAUAUAUGUUUAUAAUUAAUUGUGUCGGACAAGAAAUUAUAAAUCACAAUAAUCAUGUAUACUUUACAGCGUACAAUAGUCAGUGGUAUGAUGCACCAUUACACAUACAGAAGCUGAUACUUUUUAUAUUAUUAAGAGGUAGACAAACUUACACUCUCAAUAUCGGCGGAGGCUUAUUUGCAGCAUCCUUAGAGUGUUUCGCCACGCUAACAAAAGCAUCAAUGUCCUAUUUCACCUUUAUGUAUUCUAUGGAGGAGUAACAAAACC